AUGACGCAGAUUAAAUUUCAAGAGGGCCAGGCAGAGCUGCCGACGCCCGAGAGUACACAUUCCUACUGGCACCAUGACCCAUCGCCGGAGCUGCUGGGCCACCGCACGACAGACAAACUUCCCGAUCAUGCCGACGUUGUCGUCGUGGGCAGCGGCAUUACAGGCACUUUUGCCGCGAGAGAGCUCGUGGAGGGAGGGCGCAAUGUUCUCAUGCUCGAGGCGCGAGAGGCUUGCUGGGGAGCUACGGGCCGCAAUGGCGGCCACUGCCACCCAAUGGUAUUCACCAGCAAGCCAAACAUUGCGCAGUUUGAGCUCGACAAUUACUUCUUCAUGCGUGACUUUGUCAGCGCCAACAAGGUGCCGUGCGACUGGCAGUCUGUCGGCGCCGUCUGCCGCCUCGCCACCGAGGAGGAGGCUCAGACCGCCGAGGACAAUGUGCGGCUGCUGCGCCGGCACCACCCGUCGCUCGCGGACAAGGCCAUUUACGUGGAAGACGCGCAGGAGCUGAAGAAGCUGCGCGUGCCUGACGCCCGCGCCGCCGUGGUGCACCCUCACGCGGCCAAGGUGUGGCCGUACAAGCUCGUGGCCUGGGUUCUGGAGAUGCUGCUGCGCAAGAAUGACACGACGAAGAAGCCGCCGCGGUUCAACCUGCAGACCACGACGCCCGUGACGCACCUCCAAAGGCACGGCGCCUCUUGGGUGCUGCACACCCCCCGAGGUCAGGUCGUCGCCAAGCAGGUCCUACUCGCCACCAACGGCUAUACGUCGCACCUGCUGCCCAAGAUGACGGGCCUGAUCCGCCCGACGCGCGGCCAGGUGUCGGCGCUACUGCCGCCCAAGGGGUACACGCCGCUGGCGCACACGCACAUCUGGGGUACCGCCGCCGGUGGCGAGGACUAUCUGGCGCAGCGUGACGGCGGCAGCGGCGUGCUAAUUCUCGGCGGCGAGCGGUCCGGCGAUGCUGCCGCGCGCAGCCGCACGUCGCGCGACGACGUCACGGACCCGGACAUCAGCGCGCGUCUACGCACGGCCUCGUAUAACGUGCUCGAGCUGCGCCCUGGCCAGGAGGGCGGCGAGGCGGAAGAGCUGCAGGCCACGUACGAAUGGACGGGUAUCAUGGGGUACUCGCGUGACAGGCACCCGUGGGUCGGCGAGGUGCCCGAGGGGUUGGGCGGCGGGAAAGGUCUGUAUAUAAGUGCGGGAUAUACGGGCCACGGCAUGCCGGCGGCGUCGAGGAGCGGCGUGGCGGCGGCGAACAUGAUACUGGGCAAGGGCACCGGGGACGUGAAGCUGCCGCCCGAGUUUGUGAUUAGUGAAGAGAGGGCGAGCCAGGCGGAGAAGACGGUGCUGCCGAGCUCGCUGGAGGAUGAAAUUCGUAUGAAUGCGUUUUGGAUCCAGCAGCAGUGA